GCAUAACAGUAACAAUUUCAAACUUGAAGCCCUCCCCUUUAACAUUUCCUGUUUAUAUAUCCCGACAUCAGUCUUCCCUUUCCCUUCCCAUUCCUCUGUCUCUCUCUCUUACUCCCAGUCGCAUUUCCCGGCGACUGUCUCCUUCCCUUUUCCCCAUCUUUUCGUAUUCCCGUCUUACAUUCUGUUUCUCCAAAUAAAAGAUCAACAUUCUUUCCCUGUGCCCAGAUUCGUAACAAUGGCGUCCCUCAUCUGGCCAUGUAUCAUGGCCAUUCUGCUUCAAUUGUGUUUACUCUGUUCUGUUUCGGCGAAGAAGACGUACAUAGUUCAAAUGAAGAACCACCAGAAACCCACAUCUUAUUCUACUCACUCCGAUUGGUUCAGUGACCAUCUCCAAUCCUCUUUAACUUCCUCCACCGCUGAACAAUCUUUAGUCUACACCUACGAAACCGCUUACAACGGUUAUGCUGCCGUUCUGGAACCGGAAGAGGCGGAGGCGCUUCGGCAAUCCAACGAUGUGGUUGGUGUUUAUGAGGAUACAGUUUACACCCUUCACACAACCCGUUCCCCUGAAUUUCUCGGGUUGAACACCGAUGUUGGGUUGUGGACGGGGCACAAUUCGCUUGAACUCGAGCAGGCUUCCCAGGAUGUUAUCAUUGGUGUUCUUGAUACCGGAGUUUGGCCGGAAUCUAAGAGCUACGACGACACGGGACUCCCCAGUAUUCCGUCCAGAUGGAAAGGCGAAUGCGAGAGUGCGGCGGAUUUCAACCCGAAAAUCCAUUGCAACAAGAAGCUAAUCGGAGCCCGGUAUUUCUCCAGAGGCUACCAAAUGGCUUCCGGUGACGAGAAGCCUUCCAAAGAAGCUCAAUCACCUCGAGAUCAGGACGGCCACGGGACCCACACCUCGUCCACCGCCGCCGGCGCUUCAGUUGCUAACGCCAGUCUCCUUGGCUACGCCAGCGGCACCGCCAGAGGUAUGGCUGUGCACGCCCGUGUGGCCACCUAUAAAGUCUGCUGGAAGAACGGAUGUUUCGGGUCGGAUAUUCUCGCCGGAAUGGAGCGUGCCAUUGGCGACGGCGUGGAUGUGCUGUCAAUGUCUCUGGGCGGCGGUUCCGGUCCUUAUUAUCGGGAUACUAUUGCGAUUGGUGCGUUUAGUGCGAUGGAGAAAGGUAUCUUAGUCUCUUGCUCUGCUGGCAAUAGCGGCCCUGCUAAGGCCUCAUUGGCUAAUUUGGCUCCCUGGAUAAUGACAGUCGGUGCCGGAACCAUUGAUAGAGAUUUUCCGGCUUUUGCUCAGUUGGGAAAUGGGCAAAAAAUUACUGGGGUUUCUUUGUAUAGUGGGAAUGGUAUGGGAAAGAAUUUGGUGAGCUUGGUUUACAGUAAAGGAGGUAAUACCUCCAGUAAUUUGUGCUUGCCGGGUUCUCUUGAUCCGACCCAAGUGAAAGGGAAAGUAGUAUUGUGUGAUAGAGGAGUUAAUGCGAGGGUGGAGAAAGGCGCCGUCGUUAAGGAGGCUGGUGGAGUAGCGAUGAUACUGGCCAACACAGCGGCGAGCGGAGAGGAGUUGGUGGCGGACAGCCAUUUAUUGCCGGCGGUGGCAGUGGGAAAGAAGCUCGGAGACGUAAUUAGGGAGUAUGUGAGGACAAGCAAGAAACCGACGGCGGUGCUCAGUUUCGGCGGGACGGUGGUGAAUGUGAAACCGUCGCCGGUGGUUGCGGCGUUUAGCUCAAGGGGGCCCAAUACGGUGACCCCGCAGAUCCUGAAGCCGGACGUUAUUGGGCCGGGCGUCAAUAUCUUAGCUGCUUGGUCCGGGGCGAUUGGACCCACCGGACUGGAGAAAGAUACCAGGAAGACUCCGUUCAACAUCAUGUCCGGAACAUCCAUGUCAUGCCCACAUAUCAGUGGGUUGGCAGCAUUGCUCAAGGCCGCACAUCCUGAAUGGAGUCCUAGUGCCAUCAAAUCUGCACUCAUGACCACAGCCUACACUAGAGAUAACACCAACUCUUCUCUUCGCGACGCCGCAGAUGGCUCACUUUCCACCCCACUGGCUCACGGCGCUGGUCAUGUUGAUCCACACAAGGCCAUGUCUCCAGGACUCGUGUAUGACGCUGGUCCGAGAGACUACAUUGCCUUCCUUUGCACCCUCGGUUAUUCCAUUGACGAGAUAAAGGGCAUUGUAAAACACCCUAAUAUCAGCUGUGCUAGGAAAUUUAAGGACCCAGGGCAGCUCAACUAUCCAUCAUUCUCAGUUCUCUUUACCAAGUCAAGAGUUGUGCGAUACACCAGGGAGUUGACGAAUGUUGGAAAAGCUGGCUCCACCUACGAAGUGACCAUUGAAGCACCACCAACAGUGGAGGUGACUGUGAAGCCAACAAAGCUUGUUUUCAACACCACACUCUCAAAGCAGCGCUACACUGCUACAUUCGUAUCGAAGAGAGGCGUUAGCUCGAUGGCCAAGGAUGCAUUUGGUUCAAUUGCUUGGAUAAAUGCCGAACAUCAAGUGAGGAGUCCGGUUGCGUUCUCAUGGAACCAGCCCAUAGGAGGAGGAUCGGAUUGAUCGAUGUACAAUUUUAUGAGCUUUUCUCCGUCAGCUCUAGAAAUGGUUAAAUUAUGCUUUUUUGACCCAGUGAGCUGAUGAUCAUCACUGCAGAAUAAGCUGCAAACUGCUUCUGAUGCUAAAUUAGUGUGAGCUCUUAUCAAGGGGGCUUCGAAAAAUUGAAUUCAAAAACAAAGCGAGAAAAGUUGAAAAAAGAAGCAACCUUGAAGUUUUCAGUAGUUGCCGUUAGAUGAAAGCCUAAUGUCAGUGUUAUUUAUAAUCUACUAAGCAAACCAACUAUGUUAAGCUUGUAGUUAUUUCGUUGUGCCAACGCAGUAUAUUUCCACCCUGCAGAAUUCGAAGUUCCAGGCCUAAAGGCCCAAAGGCCAAAAUAUGUGGGUUUUUGUUGGGCUUCCCAUAUGAAGUUUGCUUUAAUCAUUUUUGUAGUUUCCAUUACCGUGGAUCAUAAUCUUUCUUUUUCAAAAUAGAAAAACAAGAAAAAAUCAAAUUGAGGUUUACAGAUUAGUUACUGUUACCUACAUAGACAUUCUGCAAUGAAGGG